CGGGGGGGGGGCGGGGCCGACAGGGCAGUGCUGUCCAGCGGCCCUGGGGGUGACGGCCUAGACAGUGAGUGGCCCAGCGCGAUGGCGGGGGCGGAGGGGCUGGUGGAAGAAGCCAGCUGGAAGGUGUUGGAGCAAAGAGCCCGGGCCAAGCGCUCAGUUUUGAAAAUUGCUGUAGUGUAGCCUGCAACGCUUAUGAUUAGAGUCAACAAUUUGAAAUGGCCUACUCACCUGAUGCAGUCGUCUCUUCUCAACCAGCUCUCUUAAGGUCUGGCUCAGUAUAUGAACCUCUUAAAAGCAUUAAUCUUCCAAGACCUGAUAAUGAAACUCUUUGGGAUAAAUUGGAUCAUUAUUACAGAAUUGUCAAGGCGACAUUACUGCUGUAUCAAAGUCCAACCACAGGUCUCUUUCCCACUAGAACAUGUGGAGAUGAUCAGAAGGCCAAGAUCCAGGACAGUCUGUACUGUGCUGCUGGAGCCUGGGCAUUGGCCCUUGCAUAUAGGCGCAUUGAUGAUGACAAGGGAAGGACCCAUGAGCUGGAGCACUCGGCUAUAAAAUGUAUGAGAGGAAUUCUCUACUGCUAUAUGCGUCAGGCUGAUAAGGUCCAGCAGUUUAAGCAGGAUCCACGCCCAACAACAUGUCUUCAUUCUAUUUUCAAUGUGCUCACAGGAGAUGAGAUGCUCUCCUAUGAAGAAUAUGGCCAUCUCCAGAUAAACGCAGUGUCUCUCUUUCUCCUUUAUCUUGUGGAAAUGAUUUCCUCAGGACUCCAGAUUAUCUAUAACACUGAUGAGGUCUCUUUUAUUCAAAACCUUGUGUUUUGUGUUGAAAGAGUUUACCGUGUGCCUGAUUUUGGGGUCUGGGAACGAGGAAGCAAAUAUAAUAAUGGAAGCACAGAACUACAUUCAAGCUCUGUUGGCUUAGCAAAAGCAGCUCUAGAAGCAAUUAAUGGAUUCAACCUUUUUGGCAGCCAGGGAUGUUCCUGGUCGGUUAUAUUCGUGGAUCUUGAUGCUCACAAUCGUAACAGACAAACAUUAUGCUCAUUGUUACCCAGAGAAUCAAGAUCUCAUAACACAGAUGCUGCCCUGCUCCCUUGCAUCAGUUACCCUGCAUUUGCCCUUGAUGAUGAAGCUCUCUUUAACCAGACACUUGAUAAAGUGGUUAGAAAAUUAAAAGGAAAAUAUGGAUUUAAGCGUUUUUUGAGAGAUGGGUAUAGAACAGCAUUGGAAGAUUCCAACAGACGCUAUUACAAACCAGCUGAAAUUAAGCUGUUCGAUGACAUUGAGUGCGAAUUUCCCAUAUUUUUUCUUUAUAUGAUGAUUGAUGGGGUUUUUAGAGGUAAUCGUAACCAAGUAAAGGAAUAUCAAGAUCUUCUGACACCAGUACUUCAUCAGACCAUAGAAGGUUAUCCUGUUGUUCCAAAGUACUAUUACGUGCCAGCUGAUUUUGUAGAAUAUGAAAAAAGAAACCCUGGUAGUCAAAAGCGAUUUCCUAGCAACUGUGGUCGUGAUGGAAAACUGUUUCUGUGGGGACAAGCCCUAUAUAUCAUUGCAAAACUCCUGGCUGAUGAGUUAAUCAGCCCUUUAGACAUUGAUCCUGUCCAGCGCUAUGUCCCACUCCAGAGUCAACGCAACGUGAGCAUGAGGUUUUCCAACCAGGGCCCACUGGAAAAUGAUCUGGUAGUUCACGUAGCACUUGUAGCAGAAAGUCAACGCCUUCAAGUUUUCUUGAACACAUAUGGUAUUCAGACUCAAACUCCUCAACAGGUAGAACCUAUUCAGAUAUGGGCUCAGCAGGAGCUUGUUAAAGCUUACUUCCAUCUGGGUAUCAAUGAAAAAUUAGGACUUUCUGGGAGACCAGAUAGGCCCAUUGGCUGCCUUGGUACAUCAAAGAUUUAUCGAAUUCUAGGAAAAACUGUGGUUUGUUAUCCUAUCAUCUUCGACUUAAGUGAUUUCUACAUGUCUCAAGACGUUUUAUUGCUGAUAGAUGACAUAAAGAAUGCACUACAGUUCAUUAAGCAGUACUGGAAAAUGCAUGGACGUCCACUUUUCCUUGUUCUCAUUCGUGAAGAUAAUAUAAGAGGUAGCCGAUUCAACCCCAUUUUAGACAUGUUGGCAGCCUUUAAAAAAGGAAUUGUUGGAGGAGUCAAAGUUCAUGUGGAUCGUCUACAGACACUGAUAUCUGGAGCUGUAGUAGAACAACUUGAUUUCCUGCGAAUCAGUGACACGGAAGAGAUACCAGAAUUUAAGAGUUUUGAGGAAUUAAAACUUCCCAAACAUUCAAAGGUCAAGCGACAAAGCAGCACCCCAAAUGCUCCUGAACUGGAAGAACAACCUGAUAUUGCUGUUACUGAAUGGAAAAACAAACCCACCCAUGAGAUUCUUCAAAAACUGAACGACUGCAGUUGUCUUGCUAGUGAAGCUAUCCUACUGGGUAUACUACUCAAAAGAGAAGGCCCUCACUUCAUUACUAAAGAAGGUACUGUUUCAGAUCACAUUGAGAGAGUCUAUAGAAGAGCCGGCAGCAAAAAGCUUUGGUCGGUUGUUCGCCGUGCAGCAAGUCUUUUAUGUAAAGUAGUGGACAGCCUGGCCCCAUCCAUUACUAAUGUUUUAGUGCAGGGCAAACAGGUAACUCUGGGUGCCUUUGGUCAUGAAGAAGAGGUUAUCUCUAAUCCUUUAUCUCCAAGAGUGAUUAAGGACAUCAUCUAUUGCAAGUUUAAUACCCAUGAUGAGAGGGAGGCAGUCAUUCAGCAAGAACUGGUCAUCCAUAUUGGCUGGAUCAUCUCCAACAACCCUGAGUUAUUCAAUGGCAUGUUGAAAAUACGAAUUGGGUGGAUUAUCCAUGCUAUGAAAUAUGAACUACAGAUCCGUGGUGGAGACAAGCUAGCUACAGACUUAUAUCAGAUGUCACCAAGUGAAGUAAAACAACUCCUGUUAGAUAUUCUCCAGCCCCAACAGAAUGGAAGAUGUUGGCUAAAUAAGCGUCAGAUUGAUGGGUCUUUGAAUAGAACUCCUACUGGAUUCUAUGACCGAGUGUGGCAGAUCCUGGAGCGCACACCCAAUGGCAUCAUUGUAUCUGGGAAGCAUUUGCCACAGCAACCAACACUGUCAGAUAUGACUAUGUAUGAGAUGAAUUUCUCACUCCUUGUUGAAGACAUGUUGGGAAAUAUUGACCAGCCAAAGUACAGACAAAUUAUUGUGGAGUUACUAAUGGUUGUAUCCAUUGUGCUGGAAAGAAACCCUGAGUUAGAAUUCCAAGACAAAGUAGAUCUAGACAAAUUGGUGAAAGAAGCAUUUCAUGAAUUUCAAAAAGAUGAGAGCCAAAUAAAGGAGGUUGAAAAACAAGAUGACAUGACUUCCUUUUACAACACUCCUCCCCUGGGAAAAAGAGGAACAUGCAGCUAUUUGACGAAAGUUGUGAUGAAUUUGCUGCUAGAAGGAGAAGUGAAGACAAGCAAUGACAACCCAUGUCUGGUUAGCUAGUGUGGAGGAUGUAACUAAUUCUAUUGUGACACAUUUUCUAGAAGCGUGCUAAAUUUUACAGUGAAGUUAAGUUAUGGUAGCCAUUUAGUGUAUGAGUUGAUUGUACAGUGAGGUGAUUGCCAACUCCUAGACAGUUAUGGAAUCUCUUUUAUGUCACAAUCAACAGUAGAAAUUAUUUCAGUGAACUGAAAAAAACCCUCAUGAUUAUACCAACUACAGUAAUAAUGCUUACUGAAAAAUAAAUAUGCUUCAUGAAUUGAAAGUUUACCACUGCAUGUUUUAUGAUCAAAUAGCUUAUCAAACCAAAUCUUUGCUUGUUGGAAUAAAAUUUAAUGCUAUUAAAAUUAAUUUAUAACUAAUAAGAUAUAUUGGGGAUGAAAAGGUGUGAAAAGAAUGUUUAACUUUCUUUUUAGUAGAAAUAGUAUUGUUACACUCUAAGAAAACAUUAAGACGCAUCAGAAAAGCAAUUGACUAGCUGAUUUAGGAAAUGCAUUAAUAUAUUUUAGCAAUGAAAGGUACUAUAUAGUUUUUACCUUGUAAACCUAUCAUUUUAUAUUUGUGCUUACUACAUGGCUCAGACUAAAUUACAAUAUAAUAAAUUUAUACCUUUCAAACAAUUUCAAUUUUGAAUUCUUCCUGAAAACAGGUCCUGAGAUUGUUUAGAGUGUAUGUUAUUAAACUAAUUUAUGCUAAAAACACAGUUUAAAGUUAUUAAAUUUUAUUUCUGAAUUAAUGACUAUAACUGUACUCAUUCUUUGUUCUCACAUUUGCAAUACUGAAUUUAUUAUAUUUUAAUAUUUUCAUCUAAUUGACUAGAAAUGAAAUGAAGAAUGGUAUACUUAGCAUUGCA